AUGCUUAAACCUUAUCUACACCUGCUCCUUCUUACGCCUGCCUCACUUGCAAUAACAUUAUCUUAUACUUGGGACGUUGCCUAUGUAACUGCCUCUCCUGAUGGAGUCUCCAGGCAAGUGAUCGGAAUCAACGGUCAAUGGCCGCUUCCCACGAUAGAGGGUACUGUAGGAGAUACAGUAACAAUAAACCUGACCAACAGUCUGGGUACACAAUCUACGGGACUCCAUUUUCAUGGAAUCAAUCAAAAGGGUUCUCCGAUUAUGGACGGCCCUUCAGGAGUUUCUCAGUGUCCAAUACCACCAGGCUCAUCCUUUACUUACACCUUUGAAUUGAAUGAGCCCGGAACAUAUUGGUAUCAUUCCCACAAUAAUGGCCAAUAUCCAGAUGGUUUACGAGUAGGACCUCUCAUCGUACAUGAUCCAAAUGAUCCGUACGCGGGGCAGUACGACGAAGAGAUUGUACUUACAACUUCAGACUGGUACCACGAUGAAAUUCCCACUUUGAUAACACAACUCUUGAACACGUCAAACACCGGGUUCAAUCCGCCCAUACCCGAUGCAUUGCUUCUGAACGAUACCACUCAGGCCAAAUUCCAUUUCACACCCGGAAAGACCUACAUGGUCCGAAUUAUCAGCAUGGCUGCGUUCGCCUCCACUUUGAUCGAGUUCGGUAGCCAUCAAAUGCAAGUCAUCGCUGUUGACGGCAGCUAUGUUACCAAGACGCCAGCCGACCAAAUCAGAGUCGCUCCAGCUCAGCGAUACACCGUUCUUAUCACUGCUUUAAACACUCCUUCGACCAAUUAUGCGUUUCUGGCUUCUCUGGAUAUCAACAGAGACUUCACAAACACCUCAGCUGCAGUCUAUCCACACAACAUCACAGGAUAUAUCGUUUAUGAAGAGUCGCAAGCCUACCCGCAAUCUUUAAUCGUUGAUGCUUGGACUCCAGCGAACGAUGUUACCUUUCAAGCGCUUUCUGGCCAAAGUUUGCUGGCAAAUCCAACCAAACUUAUCACGUUGGAUUUCACAUUCGGAAUCGACUCUGCUGGUGUCCCAAGAUCGUACUUCAACAACAUCACCUACGUGACUCAAAAGGUUCCCUCGCUAUUCACGGCUCUUACAACGGGUAAUGAGAGUUCGAACCCUGUUGUGUAUGGAACCGUGAACCCAUUUGUGGUAGCCAAAGGCGACAUAGUGCAAAUCGUGGUCAACAACUUCGAUCAAGCUAUUCAUCCCUUUCACCUUCACGGGCAUCAAUUUCAGGUCCUAGAAAGACCAGGAUCUCAGACUGGAGCUUUCAGUGGCAACGACGUUACCUUUCUCGGUAAUCCUAUGCAGCGCGACACCAUCACUGUCAACGCCAACAGCUAUGUGGUCUUGAGGUUCGAAGCCGAUAAUCCAGGCGUCUGGCUAUUUCAUUGCCACAUUGAGUGGCAUGUGGUCAUGGGCCUGAUCGCAACUAUUGUCGAAGCACCAGAAGAUCUUGUUGGUGGGAGCAUCCCGGACGAUCAUCAAGCAGCUUGCAAGGCGCAAAAUAUCCCCGUUGCUGGCAAUGCUGCUGGAAACACGCAGAACCCUCUGGACUUGACCGGUGCCAAUACUCAGCCUCCA